UAUUCCUUUUUGUUUCCUGGUAUACCUACCACACAACCACGCAAUUCUUCCAAGUGCAUGGUGACGUUAUAGAUGAAGCAAAUUGCUAGUAUUUUUUGAUAAUUAAAUAGCGAAUAUUUACUUCUCCAGUGGAAACUGCCGGAAUCUCCUACAAUAUUUCUAUCAUAAAUACCCCAAAACCUCACACAUAAUCAGACCUGUGUAUAAUCUUCUCAAGUGCCCAUAUAAACAAAAUCCUACCCAAAAAAAAAAGAGAGAGAAGAAUGUCAGGUCCUCAAUGUUGCUCAAACCCUCCAACUCUAAACCCAAGCAGUGGAGCAGGAAAUGUUAAUAAGCUUGGUGGAAUUAACUCCUAUGUCACUGGCGCAUCCAAUUCCAGGCUUGCGGUACUCCUUAUAUCUGAUGUUUAUGGGUAUGAAGCUCCAAACUUGAGGAAGUUGGCCGACAAGAUUGCAGAAGCUGGAUUCUUUGUGGCCAUUCCCGACUUCUUACAUGGCGAUCCUUUCGUGCCCGGUGAUGCUAGCAGGCCUAUAUCAGUUUGGAUAAAAGACCAUGGAACGGAUAAGGGAUGUGAAGAAGCAAAACCAGUAAUAGAAGAUUUGAAAAGUAAGGGGUUUUCUGCAAUAGGUGCUGCUGGCCUUUGUUGGGGUGCCAAGGUUGUAGUUGAACUUGCAAAGCUCGACAACCUUAUCCAGGCUGCUGCGCUCUUACAUCCUUCCUUUGUCACUGUAGAUGAUAUCAAAGAGGUCAACGUUUCAAUUGCCAUACUUGGAGCUGAGCAUGACAACCUUUCUCCUCCACCGCUCGUGAAACAAUUUGAGGAGGUCUUAAAGGCAAAGUCUGAGAUUGAUUCCUUUGUGAAGAUAUAUCCAGGAGUCUCGCAUGGUUGGACCGUCAGAUAUGAUGUUCAUGAUGAAGCUGCUUCUAAGCGUGCAGAUGAGGCUCACAAGGACUUACUAGCUUGGUUCAUCAAGCAUGUUAAGUGAAGAGCUUCAUAACCAACCGGUACCUUAAUUUUACCUUAAUGUUACGUAAGAGAAUCACGUGUAUGGGAUCAUGGACUACUUAGGCAUCCAUGUUCUGAAUAAAUAGUUUGGACUUUCUAUGUACUAGUUUUUUGUUGGAAGGAUUUGGCCAUUUGUUUGAUAGUUUCAGGUAUGGAUAUGUGUAUGUGUAUGCGUGAAGGAUCUGUAUUUGUAUAUCAAUAAAAAAAAGGAAAAAAGGAGAGAAAAUGAUU